AUGCCCGGUGCGGGUGCUGCCCGGGGCUGCCUACGGACUGGGGCUGAGGCCGCCCAGCCUGGCCUCUGGCUCGGCCUCUGGCUCCUCUCCGCCAGCCGCUCCAUCCCGGACUCAGCCACAGCCUCGGAGAUGGACCCCCACCCACGCCCCCACUCCACGCCUGUCCUGGGCUCCCACAGCCAGGACAGCCUGGCCGUGGGCAUGCGGGGUGCAGGGAGCCUGUGUCCUGCUGACGUGGGGAGGGGCCAGCCCGACCUAGGACAGACCGCGCACCUGCAGACCGCGCACCUGCAGACCGCGCACCUGCAGACCGCGCACCUGCAGACCGCGCACCUGCAGACCGCGCACCUGCAGACCGGCCUCGCCGAGCGCCAGCGUGCGGGAGCCACCCUGAGCUCCACGCAGGAGAUCGGCGAGGAGCUGGUCAACGGGGUCAUCUACUCCAUCUCCCUGCGCAAAGUGCAGGUGCAUCAGGGGCCCAACAAGGGUCAGCGCUGGCUCGGGUGCGAGAGCGAGUCGGCCCUGAACCUGUAUGAGACCUGCAGGGUGCGCACGGUGAAGGCGGGCACGCUGGAGCGGCUGGUGGAGCACCUGGUGCCCGCCUUCCAGGGCAGCGACCUCUCCUACGUCACCAUCUUCCUGUGCACCUACCGCGCCUUCACCACCACCCAGCGGGUGCUGGACCUGCUGUUCAGAAGAUACGGCUGCGUCCUCCCGUACUCCAGCGGGGACGGCGGGCCCCAGGACCAGCUGAAGGAUGCCAUCUCCUCCAUCCUGGGCACCUGGCUGGACCAGUACUCUGAGGACUUCUGCCAGCCCCCCGACUUCCCCUGCCUCAAGCAGCUGGUGGCCUACGUGCAGCUCAACAUGCCGGGCUCCGACCUGGAGCGCCGCGCCCACCUCCUGCUGGCCCAGCUGGAGUGCCGUGUCCUCAAGAACUUCUCGUCGCUCUACGCCAUCCUCUCGGCCCUGCAGAGCAACUCCAUCCACCGCCUGAAGAAGACGUGGGAGGAGGUUUCCAGGGACAGCAUGCGCAUCUUCCAGAAGCUGUCGGAGAUCUUCUCCGACGAGAACAACUACUCGCUCAGCAGAGAGCUGCUCAUCAAGGAGGGCACCUCCAAGUUUGCCACCCUGGAGGUGAACCCCAAGAGAGCCCAGAAGCGGACGAAGGAGACGGGUGUCAUCCAGGGCACCGUCCCCUACCUGGGCACGUUCCUAACGGACCUGGUGAUGCUGGACACCGCCAUGAAGGACUAUCUGUAUGGGAGACUGAUCAACUUCGAGAAGAGGAGGAAGGAGUUCGAGGUGAUCGCGCAGAUCAGGCUGCUGCAGUCGGCCUGCAACAGCUACAGCAUCUCGCCGGACCGGCGCUUCCAGGCCUGGUUCCGCCUCAGCGCCGGCGGCAGCGCCCACUCCCGGUCCUGCGACCAGCUCCGCUGUGGCCCCUACCUCAGCAGCGGGGACGCUGCCGACGCGCUCAGCGUCCACUCGGCCGGCUCGUCCAGCUCUGACGUGGAGGAGAUCAACAUGAGCUUUGCGCCAGAGUCCCCGGACGCCCAGGAAAAGAAGUUCUGGGAGUCCACCUCCCAGUCGUCCCCCGAGACCUCGGGCAUCAGCUCUGCCUCCAGCACCUCCUCCUCCUCGGCCUCCACCACGCCCGUGGCCGCCGGCCGCUCGCACAAGCGCUCCGUCUCGGGCGUCUGCGGCCACGGCCCGGCGCUGCCCCUGUACAACCAGCAGGUGGGCGACUGCUGCAUCAUCCGCGUCAGCCUGGACGUGGACAACGGCAACAUGUACAAGAGCAUCCUGGAGCUGAAGAUUCCCGACAACGCCAACGUGUUCUACGCCAUGAACUCGGCGGCCAACUACGACUUUGUGCUGAAGAAGCGGACCCUCAGCAAGGGGGCGAAGGUCCGGCACGGAGCCAGCUCCACGCUCCCUCGCAUGAAGCAGAAGGGGCUCAAGAUCGCCAAGGGCAUCUUCUGACUGGCCGCGCUGCCCGCCCAGCAGCGCCCGCUCCAGGUCUGACGGACCAGCGGCUCGGCACUGGGACUGCAGGGCCCCGGCCGGCCCGACCACCCCGGGACCAACUCCGCCCGCCUCCCCGCCGCCGGGAGUGAGGCCUGCGUGGGCAGGCUGACCCGGCCUCCGUGGGCCACUCGCUGCCGUAGGUGCCUUCUGCUCUCUGCACCCAGAGGCCUCGCUGUCCCGCCAGGGAUCGCGGCCGUGGGCACGGA